CAGCCCGUGGACAGUGUUCGACGAGUCCGUGAGCGGGCAAAUCUGUGAUAAUUGAUCAUUAUUAUUACUAUAAUAUAUUAGUAAUAAUAUAAGAAGAUGGCCGUGAAUUACGUGUUUCUGGCUACCGCAGCAUCUUGCGUGCUCCUUACAUUUGUAUACGGUCAACAAGCACCGAUCGUACUCGACAAGACAUGCUUAGGCUGCAUCUGCGAGGCCUCCUCCGGAUGUAAUCAAACUUUGGCAUGUGACGGUGACGUCUGCGGACCGUUCCGUAUCACUUGGGGAUAUUGGUCAGACGGCGGCAAGCCGACUCUCAACGGACAACCGAACACCGAUUCUGGAGCUUAUGCUCAAUGUGUCAAUGAACCAUUCUGCGCAGCUAGAGCUGUUGAAGGCUACAUGAACAAAUUCGGACAGGAUUGCAAUGGAGAUAGAGUGAUUGACUGCAAGGAUUUCGCCCGCAUUCAUCGCUUAGGCGGAUACGGGUGUGGCGGAGGCCUGGAGCCUAAAUACGAAAAUGCUUUCAACUUAUGUAUGCAGCAUUUUGGAUAAAUAUUAUAAGAGCAUAACUUUCGCACAUUUGUAAACAGCGAAGAAAUCAUAAUCUACAAUUUAUUCAUCAUCAACGAAUUUUUAAUAAAAAAAAACCACAGAAAAAAUUUCCCGAAUUC